AUGGGGAAAGACGAAUGUACAAAUUCGCGUGGAAUUGGGAAAAAGCUAAAAAUGACUGUAGCACAGGCUGGCAACGAGGCCCAGCAACAAGCUGAUCAGCGAAUGCAAAAUCUUGAGCUGCCGGCAGAAGAGGCAGAAGUUGGAUCGAGCGGUUCCACACGAACUGGUCGCAAGGUUCCUAGUCCCUUCCGAGCAGACCAGGUCGGGAGGAGUGGAAGGAACGGGCAAAAUGACGAGACUAGCACAGGCACGAGUCUUCGCAUACGCAGACAACAUCUGAUUUGA